UGUUCUUUUUUUUCUUUUUAAAACCAAACACUGGUGAAUCAACCGAUCUACUAACUGAAUACACAAUGAGUCUCUUCCCUACAGCUCAAAGAAACAAUAAUCACCUUGUUGAGUUUAAUGCUGGUAAAGUCAUCAAAGAGGGCAAUAUGCUGAAGCCCGACACUAGGAAGGGUGUCAUUUAUAUGGAUCAGAGUGACGACCAACUUAUGCAUUUUUACUGGAAGGAACGAAAGGCUGCAGACCCUGAAGAUGACUUUAUUAUCUUUCCUGACGAAGCCGAACUCAUCCACGUUCAUGAAUGCACAACUGGACGUGUCUACGUCUUGAAGUUUAAAUCUUCAAGCCAAAAAGUAUUUUAUUGGAUGCAAAGCAAAAAUGAUGAGAAAGAUGAAGAGUUAGUGAACCGAGUGAACCAACUCAUUAACGAUCCUCAAAGUGCGAUGAGUGGCAGUGGUCAUCGUGAUGGUAACGACCUAGAAUACGAAGGCAAUGUCCACUCCGAUUUAAUGCAGAUUUUGGGUGGUGGACAAGGGGAUUUGGAUAUGAAUAUGACACAAGAUAAUCUUUUACAAUUCAUUCAAAACGCUGGUGGAUUAAGUAAUCUCUCCUCUUCCAUAGAUAUAGAAGCCAGAAUACCUGCUUCCAAAUGGACCGAAGCAGAAUCCACUCUUGCAGAAACAAAUGCGCCAGAACAACCUGUCACACUUGAAUUAGGCGAUGCUUUAGCCGCAGACACACUCAACUCAAUUCUUCGUGAGGAUGAUAUUCGAUCUGCCCUUUUCCCAUUUGUCAAUGAGGGAAACAAACGUUCAGAAGAGGAGAUAGAGCAAUUAGUUCAAAGCGAAGAAUUCAAACGAAGACUGCAGGUUAUCAAUGCUGCACUUGAACAAGAUAAACUUGACUCAUUAGUGGAGGCUUUACAAACCGACAAAGACCUAAAAUCAUUUUUGAAGGCUGUUGGAUACUAUGCAAAACAUAAAAAUGAGGGUCGUACGGAUAUGGAUGUUAUGGAAGAGGAUUAGAUAUUUAGCUGUUCGUUCAUGUGAUUGUCGAAAAGUUUCAAUAAAAAUGUUUUUUCGUAAGGAAAAAGUAGAGUGAUGUACAAGGUAUGAAAAUGACUGAUAUUGUCUCAAUGGCUUUGCGACAUUCAGUGUAUCUGUACUUGUGUUAUUUCAAUCUUUGUCUUUAGUGUAGACCAUCUCACCCACUUUCUUUACGGUGAGAAGCCCUGUAAAAAGACAUUGUGAAAUGAAAAAAAAAAAAGGAUGGAAAAAGUCCAGAAAAAUUUGUUGCUUUAAAACUGAAUUAAAAAU